UCCAGCCCCGCCCUCCCCUCAGCCUCUGGCGGCGGUGACAGCCUAUUGUUCACGUGGACCAGUUCACUGCAGCAGUCGGCCCCGCCCUCCUUCCUCCUCCUCCUCGUGCGACUCCCUCACAUCCUCUCUUCUCGUCCAUCCAGCAGCAUCCUCCGGUUCUGUCUUCGUCCUCCACCGUCUGCAACGAUGACCAGCACAGUUUCAGCCUACGUGGACAAGGUGAAGGAGGCUUCCAUGUUGUCUCUGCUCUGCUCCUGUUUCUACACAAAACCACAUCAGAACAGCCUCUACCAGUACGGAGACCUGGAGGUGAAGGGCAUGAAUAAGCGGGCUUCGGGCCAAGCCUUCGAGGUCAUCCUGAAGGACCUGGAUCUGGUCGGAGACAAACCUCAGCUUCAGUCUCUGCCGUCCCCCCCGAGGAAGGAGGUGUCCCUGGAGGAGGUCCAGAAGAGGCUGGAGGCGGCCGAGGAGAGGAGGAAGUCCCAGGAGGCCCUGGUGCUGAAGCAAUUGGCGAAGAGGGAGCACGUGCAGGAGGUUCUGUUCAAGGCCCGCGAGGAGAACCACAACUUCAGCAGGAAGACGGAGGAGAAGCUGAUCCUCAAGAUGGAGGUGAACAAGGAGAACCGGCAGGCCCAGCUCAACGCCCUCAACAGCGACUGAGA